GAGCAGUCAUUACCAGGUGCGUGAAGAAUCCAGUAGCUGCCAAUCAGAAAAUAAUCGUAUUUUUUCACUAAUAAAAUCCAUUAUCAUCCGUCACCCGCAGCAAUGUCCAUCACACCUGUAAUAUCAAUCAUCAGUAUUUUUGUGAUUACUCUCGCCUCUCAGAACGAUGCGUACAGAAUCCUGGCGAUAUUUCCACUACAUUCGAGAAGUCAUCACAUGAUAUGCCAUGCAUUAGUGGAGGUACUGGCGGACAGGGGACACCAAUUGGAUGUGGUGACCGUUUAUCCCGUGAAAAAAACCCUCAAGAAUCAUAAAGUCAUUUUGGACCUUCAGAAGGUAGUGAACAGUACCAUUAAUCAAUUCACCAUCAAACUUGCAUCGAAAAUCGCACGCAAUACAAUACCAAUACAGACCACCCUAUACGGAAAUGACUUGUGUGAAUAUCUAGGACUACCAGAGCUGCAGGAAGUUAUGAAAAAUCCACCGCAGGAUCCGCCCUACGAUUUAGUUAUUAUUGAGGCCUUCAUGUCGGAUUGUUUCGUCGGCGUUGGCUACGCGCUCAAUGUCCCCGUGAUAAAGGUGAGCCCCCAGAUAAUUUACCCCUGGCUGGAAACCAGUGUCGGCCAACUGCAAUAUCCAGCAUUCGUUCCAUCUCGCAACACAAUUUACCGACAUCCAAUGUCAUUCUUCACUCGUGUACUGAAUACUAUCCAGAAUCAUUACAGUCAGAUGCUAUUUCACUAUUACACGGAUACCGUGCAAAAUGGACAGAUGAGAAAAUAUAUUGAUCCCAAUAUUCCAUCGAUCGAGGAACUGGAGAAAAUUGUCGCCCUGGUACUGGUGAAUUCCUGGCCCAGUCUCAGUGGCAUUCAACCAACGACACCCGCUAUCAUCCCAGUUGGUGGACUUCAUAUAGAGACGAAUUACGUUCCACUUUCGGAGGAACUGGAGAGGUGGAUGAAUGAAAGUACCUCUGGUGUAAUCUACUUCACACUUGGAUCCAUGGUGAACAUCGAAACGUUUCCUGAGACGACCAUAAGACGAUUUUACACAGUAUUCAAGCAAAUAGCACCGGUGAGAGUCCUGAUGAAAGUGGCUAACAAGACUGCUCUCCUUCCUGGGCUACCUGACAACGUCAGGACGUCUUCCUGGAUACCGCAAAUGGCUGUGCUAGCUCAUAAAAAUACAAAAGUUUUUAUGACUCAUGGAGGCCUGAUGAGCACCUUGGAGGCAAUCACCUUCGGAGUUCCUCUCAUUGGAAUUCCUCUCUGGGGGGAUCAAUUUAUGAAUAUUGCUAACGGUCAAUCUCUCGGAUUCGCGCUCAUGUUAAAUUGUGAAGAUCCUAGCGAGGAAUCCAUUUCUUGGGCUGUUAAUGAAAUUUUGUAUAACCCCACCUACAGGGAGGCAGCGAAACAACACUCGAUCAAAUUUUUGGAUCGUCCCAUGGGCCCAAAGGAAACUGCCGUUUAUUGGGUUGAAUAUGCCAUCAGACAUGGCCCAGAAGCCCUUCGUUCUCCAGCUUGCGACAUGACAUGGUGGCAAGUGGCUCUCCUCGAUGUCUACGGUUUCCUCAGUAUUUGCAUCCUCAUCGUCGUUUACAUAAUAAUUCGCAUCGCAAAGGCCCUCCUGAGCGCAUUAUUCAGAUCAAAAAAACAUGUAAAACUAACAAAAUCAGAUUGACCAUAUUAUCACGUGAAAAAAAAUUGUAGUUCUGCUGUAUAAUUUAAAAGACAUUUAUUAAAAUUCUAGUGUUAUUGGA